UUUAAAAUCCAAUACCUUUAACACAUUUUUCAUGUAAUAUAGAUCUAUAUGGCCCUUUACAGCAUUUGAUUUAAAUUUUGUACUCGUGCGAAAUCGGAGCGAAUCGUUAGUACGGUAUAAUUUAAGAAAUUUAAAUAAAUCCUCAUGAAAGUGGUUGUCGUAGGGAACAGGGAACAUCCACUGGUCGGGCAUAUGGAAGUGUUUUAGCUUAGAUUGAACAAAGGGUACCGAAGACAGUUACGGAGGUUAGCAUGACGGUCUACGAGCGUGAGGAUUGCGAGCCGAUAUGAGGAAGUUCAUGCGAACGCGUCCCGGACACUCUGGUCACCCCGGACACACCACACUACCCGGGCAUGUCGGACAUCCCGCGCUCAUCCCGCACGCAGCGAUCGGGCACAAGACCAACGGUGUUACCAAUGGCGUCGGAGGUGGCCCCAGGAAGGAGGAGCUCUCCACUCUUCCGAGAUACUGGAGCUCGUCGGAGGACGAGGGGGUGGAGUGUGCGGAUGGAGUGGAGGCGUUGUUCAUGGACCGAGACUUUCCCGCCGCCGCUUCCAGUCUGGGCGACAGACGCCUCGCCUCGCGCACUUCGUGGAUAAGACCUCACGAGAUCUGUCCUCGGCCGCGGUUCCUGGGAGACGCAGCGUUGGAAGCCGGGCUAUCGAACGACCAGCUCGAGGACGAACCCGCGGAGCUUCAGGCUGCUCGCUGGGACGUGCGGCCCGGGGCGGCCGGGGACGCAUUGUCCCUGGCGGCCGCCGCACUCUCGCACACGCCGCGUCUGCUUGCACGCGUCGCGCCACCACACUCCUUCCGCACCCGAUACACUGGGAAAUUCAGGUUCCGGUUUUGGGUAUUCGGAUCGUGGCGUGAGGUGGUGGUCGAUGACCUGUUGCCGACACGCGGUGGCGUGUUGCUCACUGCGCGUGGUGGUCUGUUAGACGACUUCACAUUGCCGCUUCUCGAGAAGGCUUACGCUAAACUACAAGGGUCGCUGGCAUCACUGCGCGGGUGCGGCGCGGCUCAAGUACUACAAGACCUCACCGGUGCAGUAGUGCAGAGCUUUUCACCGCCGCGACAGCCCCGCUCGCUUUUAUUACAGGUGCUGCACUCGGCGGUGCCACGGUCUACUCUGUUAGUGGCGUCUACGGAGCGCGGGACUUCUGGCCUUAUGCCUGGCCGCGCCUAUCUGGUGACCGGUUUAGCUCGAGUGCGUGAGACGGGAGGUGAGGGGGCUCUAGUGAGGCUGCUGGCUGCGGGUGGGCCUGCCGCAUGGUCGGGUGCAUGGUCGCGAGGCUCUCCCGAGUGGCGAGCGUUGCCCCCUGCUGAUCUGGACCUGCUGGCCGGCCGCCUCACACACCCUGGACACUUUUGGAUGUCGUUCCAGGAGUUCGCGCGGUUAUUUUCGCGAUUGGAGCUGGUGCAUAUAGGACCGGAUGACUGGCUCCUGGAGCCAGCGCUGCACGCUAGACGGCCGUGGCGCGCGGUGUUGGCUCGUCGUCGCUGGAGACGCGGUUACAACGCGGGUGGGCCGCCGGCUUGCACUCGUACUGUUCACGCCAAUCCCCAGUUUCACGUUCAUGUGCCACGAUCUGAAUCCGGCAAGUGCCACGUAGUGGUGUCUGUCACCCAGCAGUACUCUCCCGCUGGUUCACCUGACCGCCUUCACGGCAUCGGAUUCGCGGUAUAUGAAUUGCCCCCGGGUACUCCUCCCCCUCGCGCCCCCCGAGCCCCCGCUGCUUUGGCAGACCUCCGAGCACUGGACGUGACACAUUGGUCUCGAGCACGCGAGGUGGCCACGUUCUUCACGUUGCCGGCAGGACAGUACUUGGUGGUGCCUCACACGCACCGACCACACCUCGAGACUACCUUCCUGCUGCGCAUCCUGACUGAUGAGCACACGGACGUAUGGGAGGUCAACGAUGACAAUGUGAUCGUCCGUGACGUUGCGACCGAGUUCUUGGACGAAGGAUGCCCUUUGGAGCCCGAGGUUCAGGCCGCGAUCGCAAAAACGAUCGGAAAAAGAGGCAUCGAAGAGGUGGACGCGCGCGCGCUGAGGAGCUUGCUGCGGCGCGUGUGGCGGCGCGUGCUGCCGGCGCGGCCGUCGCGGGCGCUGUGCGGUGCGCUGGUGGCGCUGGGCGACCCCGCCGCGGCGGGGAGGCUGGAGGUGGGCGCGCUGCCGGCGCUACUGGCGCGCCUGGCGCUGUGGCGGGGUGCGGUGCUGGGCGCCGCCCCAGGCUGCCGGGCCGCCGUCAGCGCCUACUGCUUGCGCGCGCUGCUGUGGGCGUGCGGCGUGCGAGCCUCCAACAAGGUGCUGGAGUGCCUCGUGCUGAGGUUCGCACGCGGGACUCGCCUCUCGCCCGACGCCUGCGUGUUGGCGCUGGCCCGUCUGCAUCUCGCCCACGAGAGAUUCCGAAGCCUCGACAACAAACUCAAAUCUAAUCCCAUUUCGCUGGAGGAAAUGCUCCUCAUGACCAUCUACUCCUGAGGAGUCCUGUUGCUGCUCCGACGUCAGUUUCAUAGCCAUGUAACGAUGUUGAUUAUAAUUUAUGUUAUUGUUGUUGUUUUUCGUCAUGUUUUCCAAGUUUUAUAUUUGUUAUCGGGCGGCGCGUCCGACGCGGUUGUAAUUAUAUCGUUGCACAUAGCAUGUCACAGAGUCCGUUAUAUUUACUGCAUAGUAUAUUUCUAGCAGCGGCGUGCGCCGGUCUGUAGAGACGUAGUGACCAAAGAUAGCAUGUCACAGACUUGUGGUAUUAGUCCAUAUUUAUAUUUGUAUUGUAUGUUGUUAUAAAUCUACUCUUUAUUGUUAAAAUAUGUUUACUAAUGUCUGGGAAAUAGUUUUUUUUAAAUGUAUUAACUGAUCUUGUAGCUGAUAUGUAUCCCCUGGGACCACGAUGGAUAAAAAAUUAAUGUAAGAGGAAGAAAAAUAUCGUUAUUGAUAAACAUAAAGUGAACGCUUCAUAACAAUAGACAUAUACUUAUUUUACUAAAAAAAUUAUAUACUCGUAUUGUUGACUUAUUAAACAUAUUGUUUUGAUAAUGUUGAAAUGUUCCAAGUCUUGUGAUACGAACUUCUAUUACCAAAUAAAUGUAUUAUUAAGAAGUCA